UAUUUGGAAAAGUCUUCUUUACCUUAAAACUCCCCUGCAAAACAUAAGUAUUUUUUUUUUGAAAAUAUUACAUAAAAAUGGUGCAAAAAAGUAAUCCUGCUGUAAAUUUCUUCAAAAGCAUUUAUCACAAUGAAUUUCAAUGGUCUGUGGUAAAAAGUUUUGGAUUAUUCUUCUUGGGAGUACGAAUUGCCAAAGAAUUUGUGGGUGUUGAAAUAAUGCCAGCCAUUCACCAUUAAUCCGUUUUUGUUUAGCUUGUCCUUAGUUUAAGUAU